AUUAUGAAAAAUGCCCUAUUAAUAACAUACUAGAAGUUCAUUUUUCCAUUGUUUCAAGGGAGAGGAGGCACCUAAAAGUCUUACUUAAUAUGCUUUCUUUAGGUUUCCUAUGCUUUUUUACUAUAAUAAAAAUAUAUUACUAGACUUACCUAAAUAGAUUGUUUUCAACCUGACAAAGUUACAUAAGAGAAUCCCCUUGUACUUAAAGAAAAAUGCAAUUAUUUUCUAUUCUGAAUCUCCAGACUGCUGUUUUAGAAAAUCAUAUCUGAUUAUUUGCUCAGCAGAAGAUUAUUGAGUUGAUUUAGCUGUGAUUUUACUUAACAAAGCUUCAACUGAAUUCCUACUGUGGAGUCCAAAAAAGGUAGAGAGAUAUAAAUGAUACAUUCAAACUGUGAUUUUUGUGAACAGGGCCAUCAAUGCACCCCUCGGAGCUAAUAGCGGAGAUGAGAAACAGUGGGUUUGCACUGAAACAAAAUGUACUGGGGAGAAACUUGACCGCAAAUGAUCCAUCACAGGAAUUUGUUGCAAGCGAAGAUGAUGAUCCAGAAGUUGAAUUUUUAAAAUCACUGUCAACCAAACAAAAGCAGAAACUUCUAAGGAAGUUGGAUCGACUGGAGAAGAAAAAGAAAAAGAAAGACAAGAAGAAGAAAAAGCAGCAAAAGAAAAAAAGCAAAAGUAAACACAAGAAACAUAAGACGAGAUGCUCGUCCUCGUCCUCCAGCGAGACUUCAGUGAGCAGCAGCGAUAGCGAGACUGACAGCAGAGACAGAGCAGCACAAAAGAAGAUGUAUUCCAAGAAAAGAAAAAAAGACAAGUUUUCGGAGGCUAGCAGCAGCAGCGAUUCAGAAGGGAGCGCAAAGACGAAGGAAAAACUUCACCAAGAGCACUCCGGUAGUCACGGUAACAAGGACAGAGAGCGGGAGAAGCACAGGCUUUUAAAGGAAGAUAGUUCUGUGGAGAACAACAAAUGGGGCUCCUCUGAGGGGGAAAGGAAGUCCAAAAGCAG